AUGCGAUCUUUAUUCAUUUGUCUUCUGGCUUUCAAUGUUUUUGAGCUAUGCAACGCUCAAUUCGAUUUCGGCUUACCGAUGAAACUCUUUGCUGCCUCAAAAACGAAAAUUGACCCGGCUCGUCUCCGAGAGUGCGAAACAGCAUACAAUGCAAGCGGAGCCUGGAUGGACAAAACGUUCGAUCCAGAGACUAACGUGAAUCUGGAUGAUUCCGAUUUCUAUCUUCACACAAUGUUCAUCGGUUCGGUGAAGUCGGCUUUUGUGCAAAAAUCGGCAAAAACCUUCUAUGCGUGUGUGUCUCCAAAUGAGCCGAUGCCCGUCGAUUUGGCCGCUAAAUUCACUGAUUCAUUUGGCAACAACACCAAAAAUACUUUAUGUGAUCCAACCUCUCGUCAACUUCAAUGUCCAGCUGGAUCCGAGUGCUACAGCAAUGGAAUCAAUCCGUUCACCAAAGUGGCCACAAUUCCUUCGAGUCUUCGGUCUUUCAAUCGACUCAGCUACUGUCGUCCAAUCGAAAUCAAAGAGGGACUUGAUGAUAAUUGUUUUGAGGCUAAUUUGCCAUACAUCGAGAAAGUCGUGCCAAUUCCACCAAAUGAGGACGCCGAGAAUGUUGAUACUCGAUUGAUCGAAUCCACUGGAGACCUUCGACCUCUACAAACGGCUUUUCAGGCACAAUCUCGCUGUUUAAAAGAUGGAAAAAUCGUCAAACCAAGAGAUGCUUUGACAAGAAAGAAGAGAGGAUUUGGAAGAUGGUUCAAAAAAUUCAUUCGAAAAGUCGUCAAGGUUGUCGCUGUUGUGAUCCAAGUCGGAUGCAUUGUUCUGGAAAUUUUGGGGCAACCAAUUUGUCGAUUCUCUAACGGGAGA